AUGACUACCCCCACCCGCGCCCUCUUCCGCGCCGUCAAGCGCACCGUCGCGCCCCUCUACAAGAACGAGAACCCCAUCAAGCGCUAUCCCGUCACGGAGCGCAUGCGCCCCUUCAACUACGGCACCAUGGGCAAGCGCCUCUUCAGCACAGGCACCGGCUUCGUCGUGUACACGUCUGCGGCGCUGGCGUGGCCGCUGCCAGUCAUGUGGGCGGGCCGCAAGGAGUCGGGUUGUGCUGCUGAGAAUUUGGAAUCGGGGCUCCAGUAG